UUGUAAAAGUUUGAAAACUUUUGAAUUCGCAGUUCGUAAACGUCACGUGCAGAUGUCGCGCAAAUCGGCUGAAAGCUGAAAGAAUUUGCACCACGAAAAACCGUCGGCUUACAGAAUUUGUAUAUUAUCAAUACACAUUGCAAUACGACAACAACAACAACAGUGUCUUAAGUGACUUGUAAUAAGUUGAGAGUUGAGCAGGAAGAGGUCGUCAGAGAGGAGGUAUCAUUUGAAAUUCUGACAGUGGAAGAAACGGAGGUUAGGUCAGUUGUCAUGUGGUGGAGUUGUGUUUCGCAUUGAAGAGUAUUCAAAUAAGUAUGCAAUGGAUCCCGACUACGAACUAAGUGAGACCGUCAGGAAGCAGGCAAAGGAAAGGGAGGCGAAAGACAAGAGUGAGAACAUUGAGAAGAUCAAGGCGAUCAUAAGCAAUGAAUUCAACAAGGAGAUAGAGCUGCGAGAGAAUCAGCUGGAGCAGAUCCAAAAUAAAAUCACACAAGGAUCGAAGCAGUUGCAUUUGCUCAGAUAUGUGCUGGUCACAAGCUACUACAACAAUUUGGAUCUUCAGUUACCAGCUGAGGAGGAAGUUCUGGAUGAGGCCAAUCUAUUUGAUAAGCAGAGCAGGAUCCAUCCUGCAGUGAAGAAGCUGCUCACCAACAAUUGCGAUUCCCCAUUCUCUCUGAGCAGAAGGAAGAGUACACGAACACAGCCAGUAUCCAAUAGUUUAGCCCUGCAAGACGUUCAGACAAAGACCAUUAAAUUGGAGAGCACUUUAAUCGCAGAAGAAGUUGUUAAAGAGGAGGUUAAAGUUGAGGAGAAUGUUGCUGUUAGAAAUAGGCAGAUGACAAAGAGGAGGGUUAUAGUUGGGAACAUCUCUAAGUGGAUGCCGGGUGACAACUCAGAGGGAAAUUGUACGCACAAGUGGAUGGUGUAUGUGAGAGGGCCAAAGGAUAAUCCGAAAAUCGAUGAUUUCGUGCAAAAAGUCGUCCUUUACCUGCAUCCGUCCUAUCAACCCAAUGAUGUGAUCGAGCUCAAGGAGUCGCCGUUUCAUUUGUCGAGACGUGGAUGGGGCGAGUUUCCACUGAGAGUGCAACUGUUCUUUCACAAUCAACUGAAUAAACCGGUAGACGUGAUACACAAUUUAAAGUUGGACCGUACCUACACGGGACGACAGACUUUAGGUAACGAAACAGUUGUAGAUCUGACGAUUUACGGUGAUGGUGUGGAGAAGGUGAAUCCGCACGACGAUAUCGUCAGGGAUCUAAUAAAGAAGGAAAUCGACGAGGAUGUGAAGAGUUACGCGGACGACAAUCAGUUCACGUUCAGUAGUACGAAAGAUGAAAUCGAUAUAGAGCAUCACCCGAUUUUGGAGGAGGAGGAGGAGGAAGAAGAGGAGGAGGAUAUUAAGAGCACUGCGCUUUUAGAUCACAAUUACUCCAUCAGCGUGGAAGAAAAUGGCAGUGGUGGCGGUGACAGUUCCAUUAGCGAGAUGAACGGGAAGCUGUUCUUCUCGAAGAAGAGGAGGAGGCCGCUGCAGGAGUCGCUGCUCAAGUCGUCGGUGGAGAAGCGGCUUAAAUUGGAGAACGACUCGUACGAGAGACGUUUGAAGGAGGAAUCGGUGAAUGAGCGUUUAAAAGAUGAGACCGAAUCGAGCGAGACGUAUAAAAUUGUUUUACCCAAUCACAGGUUUAAGAAUGUGCUGGAGGCGUUGCCGUUCAUCCUGAGGAGGUUAACUUUGAUCACACCCUUCGCCGAGAAUCAGGAUUACAAAUGCGCCUAUCCAUACGUAUCGAAGAGCCUCGAGGAGUACAGCAAGUGGCCGGUCGAGAAGCGAUCCAGUGCAGAGUGGUCAAGAGCGAAGCAAGUCAGCGAAAUAGUGAUGAGCUCGAAUCUGCCCAACAAGAAAUUCUGGAACACGAAGAAGGUGCUCGCUUACGCCCGAGCGCACUGCUUCACGGAGCUCGCCAAUUACAACAUGUUCCGCAAUAAAAGCUACAACAGCGAAUUCCUCGACUACCGACUGAGCGUGCAUAAUUCCGUGCCGAAAUUAACCGAAAUAAUCGACAACGUCGACGUGGAUGUUAUAAACGAAGAGGACGCGGAUCGCGCUAAAGCCAGCAGAUCGAUGAGACUGUACACGUGCAACGUGCGCGAAGAGUGCAACUUCGUAAAGCAGACUGCUUUGGAUGUGGGCGUCGUGCUGAAACCGGAAGAGAUAGUUCCAGGUGUUAUGUACAAUAGCGCGCAGAGGGCCGUCCUCGAAGCCACCCUCAAAUUCGCAGAGAAUUUAAUUAGAAAUUCGCGAGCACUUCUAGUCUACAAAAAAGAUUUCGACGAAAACACGAGCGAAAUCGGUGUCGAUGAAAUCACGACCGUCCUGAACAAUCACCGCACCGAAUUCAAGAAAAUUCAAAAGUUCAACCACGAACAGUUCAAAUACUGAUCACCGCCUUAGUUGUAACAGAGGAGAGAGCGAAA